GCUCCUUCCGUCGCCGGUUUCUUCCUGUUCUGUCGGCUCAUUUCGCGACAUGGACAAGAGCGUCCUUUUAACCAGCACCACCUGAGGAUCCCUGAAGCCGCCCCGCAAUGGAAGAGGACCAGGAGCUGGAGAGGAAAGCAAUAGAAGAGCUGCUGAAAGAGGCAAAACGUGGGAAAACUAGAGCUGAGACAAUGGGACCUAUGGGCUGGAUGAAGUGUCCUCUGGCUGGUACAAAUAAAAGAUUCCUAAUUAACACAAUUAAGAACACAUUGCCCUCUCAAAAAGAGCAAGACCAUGAACAAAAAGAGAGCAGCAAGAAACCUGUGAAAAGCCAAGACCCAAAAGAAACAAACUCGAAGAAGCACAGAAGCCACCCCUAUAAGCACAGCUUGCACCCAGCCCGAGGCUCAAGGGGCUGCUCGCCCCCAAGGAAGCAGACCUCCCGGGACAAACAUGACGCUCGACCCAACAGGCAGUGAGGGGGAGCCGCAGGACCACGCCAGCCUAGCCCUACACCUGUCAUCCAGGUGCAUGAGGACAGGUAUGGGAUGGCAGGGCUGUGCCACCUGAGAAUGACUUUCCCAGUAUGUCCGUUGUUGUUUUUAAGGUGGCUGUUGUUAACAGGAAAAAAAAAAUGACCUCAUAACUCUUCAAGGAAACAAAUAUUAACUAGCUUGCUCUUAAGAUGUCUUGGCAAGUGUGAAUUGCUUAAGCAGUGUAUUGUUCCCCUGUGUUGUUUUUAUUCUAUCUUGUUUGGAAGUUAGUUUUAAAACAAGCAAUUCUAGAACUUAAAAUUUUCAGAUUGUUAAAAAUAGUUCCAGUUUUUUGAUGUACUGAACUUUUUUGGUCAUUUCCCAAAAAUUCUCUAAAAAUAAAAUAUUUAUAAAUCCUA